UAGAUUAUUUAGAUGCUGAAAAUUUAAAAGCUAAUAUCAAACAAGCAAGAAUCCAAAAAAAAUAUAAAAGAAAAAAGAAUGAAUCAGAUUCAUCUUUAAGUUCUUUAAAAUCAAAUGAUUCAAAUUAUACUAAAAAAAAAAAGAAAGGAAAAUUUAAAGCAGUAGAUUAUUUAAAUACUGAAAAUUUAAAAGCUGAUAUUGAACAAGAAAGAAUCCAAAGAAAUUAUGAAGAAUUAAAAAAAAAUAAUAUCGAACAACAAGAUAUUAUAACUAAUGAAGACUUACAAGAAGAAAUUGAAUUAGAUAUAGCAGAAGAAGAAAUAUAUGAGGAGUUUGAUAGAAAAAACAAAAACAAUCCAGAAUACAAACAUUUAAAAAACUUAAUUAGAAAAUUAUAA